ACUCUUCUGCUACGUUUGAAAUAUAUUCAGGUGGGGAAAUAUGAUGGUGAACGGCUUCCAGCAAGACCAUCCGCAUCUUCAACACCACAGCGACGAGGAGUACGUGGUGUCGCUCUCUUCGGAGUGGUACGCCGGCGGGGCCCGGUGCGGCAAGACCAUCCGCAUCGCCAACUCUGGCAAUCUUUACAUAAACGCCAUGGUCGUCGACGAGUGCGCCGGCUGUGACAACGAGGUGGGCGCGUCCAUCCAUAUCUGGCGUAACUUCCGUCUUGACCCCAGCCUCGGCCAGGCCGACAUCAAGUGGUCCGACCUUGACACGUCUACCUGAAAGGAAACACGGAUGCACGCCGUCGAGUGGUUCCGCUACGGCCGGUGACCAGAUCGUUGUUGUUCAGUGUGAAUCGAGUUAUUAAUUUGCUUUCAACUUUCCGCUUUGAAGUCGAUCGGUA